AUGACAGAGGCAAAACUCACCAAGAGAUUGCACGUGGGUGGAUUAAUACCCGCUAUAACGACCGAACAUAUCAAAGAUCGAUUUUCAAGCUUUGGUGUCGUAAGUGAUGUUGAAGAAUUGAAACCUGAUGCUUUGGGUCGACCUCGUCCAUUCACAUUUUUGACUCUUGAAACUACCCCUUUACAACUCAAGAAAUGUUUGAACAUAUUAUCGGGAUCGUUUUGGAGAGGCACACAAUUACGAUUGACAGAAGCUAAACCAUCUUACACCACUCGAUACACAAUUCCAACUCCAACAGAAAAAGAGAAAAGGGACAUAUUAGAGAGAAAAAGGAAAAGAAUCGAAUCAAGUCGUCCUGAAGGUGUGGGUAAAUUAUCACAAGAUAUGAGAAUUGUUAAUGCCCAAAUUGCCAAAAAAAGGAAAUUCUGGAUUAUAAAUGAAAAUGGCUACGAUAACGAUCACAGAUUGAUUAGACCUAUAACUAUUAGACCUACACAUUCGAUAGGAAUACCUCUCAUACAAGAUCAGAAACCAAAAGAUAAAAAGGAUAAAGAUAAGAAAAAAGAUGGAAAGAAAAGAAUUAGAGGUCCUCCUGAAAGAUUACGAAGAAGAGUGAUCAAUCCCAUCGCAUGGGGAUCAACUUAUAUCACAGCGGACGAAUUUAACAAAUAUCGAAAUGCGAGUAAAGGUUUAGACAUUGAAGGGCAAAGUGAAAACGAAAUUGGUCAAUGGGAGUUUGAAGAAUUUGAAGGAGUUGAAGAAUUUGAACAAGGUGAACACGGGAUUGACAAUAUUACCGAAGAUGGGAAGACUGUAUUGGGCAUUUGGAGGAAAAACGUCAAUGGAGAAAUUACCAAGGAAGAAGUUGUAAGAGGAAACAAAAGAAACGUAUUACAAGGGGAAGAUUACGGUUUAGACGACGGCAUUUCAUUGCCUGAACGACAAGGCAGUACUUCACCACUUUUUGGUAAUCGGGACUUACCCCCAACAGGAGAACGAGAAGAUUCUCCUUUAUUCCCUUCGAGAAACGUCAACAAUGUUACGUCUUCAGAGACCGAAUCUCAGGUAGAUGAAGAUCAAGAAGACGGCUCAUCACCUCUUUUCCCCACUCGCGCACUUGUUCAGGAAGAAGGGAGAGAAAGGUCUGCCUCACCACUCUUCCCUAACCGCAAUCCAGCGCCAACCGAUACCGUGAAAGUACAAGAACAGUCUUCAUCCCCUCUGUUCCCCACUCGAGCAAUUGACCCAGUGGGUGAUGAAGAGCAACCUUCUUCACCUCUCUUUCCAACUCGUCUUCCUGAGACCGCCAACAAGUCGCCUUCACCGACACCUGAAAUUGAAGUAGAUCAAGCAUCUCCACAACAACCAUCCUCUCCUCUUUUCCCUUCCCUGAAAGGGAAGAUCCCUUCUCAAGUUCGACUACCUACUCCUCCACCAACGGUGAAACCUAUUACCGUAAAACCUAAAGUGUCUAUUCCAGAUCAAGUAUUAGCUUCUGCUCGAGCGGAACGAUCAGCUGCUCUUGGUGUACUAGGUUCGCUUAUAGGAGAUCUCUCCCCACCUGCCAAGAAGGAAAAAUUCGUAUGGGAUGUUUAUCCUGAAUCUGAUGAUGAAGAGGUUGAAAUCGGCAGAGGAAGAACUGAUUCACUGGUGGAUGACAUUCCCAUUGUCUUUGAUAACACCAAUAGCGCGGUAGCCACAGGACCUGCCGAUGGUACAUCCUCCUCAGAAUCGGGAUCUGGGUCUGGGUCUGGGUCUGGGUCUGGAUCGGGUAGUUCAAGUGGAUCUUCGGACAACAAGGAAGAUACGAUGGACGUCGAUCCUCCUCAAGGGAAUGACGGUGAGGACUCGAGCUCAGGUUCUGGAUCUGGAUCUGGGUCAGGAUCAGGCUCGAGUGGGAGCGGGAGUGGGAGUGAAAGUGGAAGUGAUGAAGAAGAAGAUAAUUCACCUGAAUCUGGUUCUGAGAGUGAUUCCGAUGAAGAGGAAUCUGAUGACGAGGAUGAAGAUAAAGAUGAAAACAAGGAGGAUGAACCUUUGGAAUCUGCCCAAAACGUACCACCCAAACCAUCAGGACUAAAAGACAUGUUUGCUCCUAACACCAACCAUAGUGCAGCAGGUGGUGGAUUCUCCCUACUUGCUAAUUUAGGUCAAGAUAUCGAAUUAGAUGAAAAUAUGGAUAUACCAUUACCUAUACCACAAAAUUUCACUUUUCAACAACAGUCAACUGCUGUCCGAAGCUCAAACCAGGAAAAUGAAAUAGAGCCUUUAUCACUACUGACCACAUCAUCAAAUAGGAAUAAAAUCAAAUUUGAUCCAUCACCUUCGAUCCCUCUAUUCUUCACUCAACCUACUUCAUCUUCCGAAUCUUCCAACACCAGGAAAGAUCAAUCAAGGAAUCUUUAUAACGAACUACACAAUGGAAUUCCGAUUCCAGCGUAUAAUGGUCAUGAUCAAGAUCAAGAUCAAGACGGAUAUGAACAAGAAGAGCAAGAAGAAUUGCAUACUACGCCACUACCUGGAUUUAUGAGACAACAAGGUGAAACAGAUGAAACAAUGAAGAAGAAAUGGGAAAAUGAAAAGGUUGAGUUGACUCAAGCUUAUAAGAAAAGAUUUAGGGAAGCAAAGAAAUCUAGAAGGAGGAAAGGUGGAGAAGACGUCGAGUAG